GUGAGAGUCGCUUGGACAUUCCUGCCAUCGCCAAUAUUAUUUUUGUUGUGUGGACAGCAGCUCCCGUUCACAGCGCCGCGCCAGUUUGCGUCUUUGCUUGGAUUUGGAUCUUGGUUGGGCUCCUGACGCGCUGCUCUGCGGUCCGGCUCUGAGCUGUUUGCAGACCUUUGGCAAGAAAGUUUUGAAUCUUCUGACUAAAAGAGCUUGAGAACUGAAGACAAUGUCAGGAUCGAUACCGUUCUACCAGAAGCACCACCGCCAUUAUGAUCGCGGCUACCGUAGCCGAGAGACAGAGUCUGCUAUCAGCCAAUACCAGCAGAGCUCUAAUACUUACUCUUCACAUAGCAGCAAAAGCACCAAGGGCAUCAGAGCUGCCACAUACACAGCUCUAGAUGAGGGUGGGCUGAGCCCUCUGCCCAAGAGAGCCAAACCAACCUAUCUGGCCAUGGACAAGGAGAACCAGAUCAUCGGUUAUGUGGUGCCCAUCUUCAGGGGCAGUCAUGAGUUUGAAAGCGGCCUAUCAGACACUGAGGAAGCGCGCGCAAAAGAGAGCGCCGGGUAUCUGGCUCGCCGUGACCUCUUCGCUAGAGGCAUGGAGUCGGAGCGCAUCGAACACAAGUCCCGCAGAACCGUCGUGAGGGAGUCUGCAGAGCGCAUCUCGCUUAGCAAGCGGAUCCAUGAGAACGAAGAGUACCAUAAGCGUCUGAACGAGGACAGCCUGAUGCACACGCCCGAGUUUGUGAUCAAGCCACGAUCCCACACUGUUUGGGAGAAACAGUGUGUGCGGCUGCACUGUACCAUCUCAGGAUGGCCUGAACCACGCGUCGUGUGGUACAAGAACAAUGUUAGCAUUGAUCCAAUGGCUAAGCCAGGGAAGUACAAAGUGGAGAGCAGCUACAGCGUCCACGCCCUGGAGAUUAACAAGUGUGACUUCGAUGACACUGCACAGUAUCGUGUGUCAGCCAUGAACAGCAAGGGCGAGACCUCUGCUUUUGCUUCUGUUGUCGUCAAAAGAUUCAAAGGAGAAGUUGAUGAGUCUCUGCCAUCUCCCAGACUUCAAAGCAGAAAGUUCGGCUUCGAAGCACCUUGUCUGGAGUACGGAGUGAAAUUCGAGACGCACAUUGUGGAGAAGUUUGGUGUGUCUUUUGGACUUGAGGGUGAGACGCUGAGUUUUGGCUGCUCUGUUAUCAUCUACCCGUCACUGCAGCGCUUCCAGCCUGAGAUAGAGUGGUACAGAGAUGAUAAACUGCUGGUGCCAUCAAAAUGGGUUCAGAUGCACUGGAGCGGCGACAGAGCGACACUCACUCUCUCACACCUCAACAAGGAGGACGAAGGACUCUACACACUUCGCGUCAUCACCAAAUCUGGCUUUGAGACACAUUCAGCGUAUGUCUUUGUCAGAGUUGGCAUGACACACUGGGCGCAAUGCAAUGACACUCCAGUGAAGUUUGCACGCUUCCCUGUAACUGGUCUCGUGGAAGGACGAAGCUAUGUGUUUCGAGUGCGUGCGGUGAACAAGGCAGGCAUGAGCCAUCCAUCCCGUGUGUCUGAACCAGUAGACGCUAUGGACCCCGCAGACCGCACAAGAAAAGGUACCUCUGCUCCUUGGACUGGACAAAUCAUUGUGACUGAGGAGGAGCCUGUGGAUAUCCCAUCAGCCCCAGGCCGUGUGGUUCCCACCCGCAAUACAGACACAUCUGUGGUGGUUUCAUGGGAAGCUUCACGUGAUGUUAAAGAGCUGGUGGGCUACUACAUUGAGAGCAGCAUUGCAGGGAGCAACACUUGGGAGCCAUGCAACAACAAACCAGUUAAAGGCACAAGAUUUAUCUGUCAUGGCUUAACCACAGGCGAGAGUUAUGUUUUCCGGGUAAGAGCCGUCAAUGCUGCGGGAAUCAGUGAAUUCUCACAAGAAUCAGAAGCCAUUACAGUUAAAGCUGCUAUUGAGCCCAACUGUAUCCAAAAGGAGUCGGCAACAGAGUUGCCAGACAGUCGUAAGUCCUCAGUAAACUCUUCUCCAGAACAAGAGAAAGCAGGAGAGCGAGAGAGAGGACGAAGAGCCUCAGUACUGCUGAAUGUACUGUCAAGCAUUUGUGGCGCAGACUUUGAGAUGUGGAGAGGAGUCAAUGAGAAAGCUACUGACAAAACAUUCAUGAAGAUCAAGGAUCUAAAGAUGGGGGAAUCGUAUGUUUUCCGUGUGCGCGCUCAGAACAAAGCUGGUGUAGGAAAAGCAUCAGAUCCAACAGAACCAGUUGAGGCAGUGACUAAACCAGGAACUACCGAGAUAGUUGUGAAUGUUGACGAUGACGGCGUCAUUUCACUGAAUUUUGAGUGCUCUAACCUCACCGCUGACUCCAAAUUCGUCUGGUCCAAGAACUACAUGGAAAUGACAGAACCUGAACGCAUGACCUUAGAGACCAAGGGUAACAAAUCCAAAGCCAUCUUUAAAACACCUUCAGAAGAAGAUCUGGGCAUCUACUCUUGUUUCGUGACACACACUGAUGGAGCCUCUGCCAGCUACACACUCUCUGAGGAAACUCUAAAAGAACUCCUGAAGAUCAGCCACGACCACAAAUUCCCCAUCAUCCCUCUGAAGACAGAGCUGGCCGUGGAGCUGCUGGAGAAGGGCAGAGUUCGCUUCUGGUUGCAGGCUGAAAAAAUCUCUGCCAAUGGAAAAGUUGAAUAUGUGUUCAAUGACAAUGUGAUCCACCAGGGAGAGAAAUACAAGAUGAACUUUGAUAAAAAUACUGGCACCAUUGAGAUGUUCAUGGAGUCUCUGGGCAAAGAGGACGAGGGAACGUUCACUUUCCAGCUUCAAGACGGCAAAGCCACUAACCAGUCCAGUCUAGUGCUGAUCGGAGAUGUGUUCAAGCAGUUACAGAAGGAAUCGGAGUUCCAGAAAAAAGAAUGGAUUAGGAAACAAGGUCCACACUUCGUGGAGUAUCUCGGUUAUGAAGUCACACCUGAGUGCUGUGUGAGACUGAAGUGUAAGGUUGCUAAUAUGAAGAAAGACUCUGUGGCGCUGUGGUAUAAAGAUGGACGAGAGAUCAAGGUCAAUGAGAAACUGGAUUUCUCUGAAGGAGUGUUGACUUUGGAGAUCGCUCAGAUCUCCAGAAAGGAUGCUGGUAUAUAUGAAGUAGUUCUGAAGGAUGACAGAGGCAAAGACACCUCCACCCUCAACCUCACUGACCAAGGAUUCAAAGACCUGAUGAACCAGGUUUUCAGUGUUAUUGCGAACUCCUCCACUCCACUGAAGAUCCAGAGCACAGAGGAGGGGAUCAGGCUUUACACCUUCGUCAGCUACUACAACGACGAGCUGCAUGUCACCUGGCAUCACAAGGACGCUGCGAUCGCAUUCACCGAGCGCAUUAAGAGCGGUGUGGUGGGAGAGCAGCUGUGGCUGCAGAUCUCUGAACCCACAGAGAAAGAUAAAGGCAAAUACGCCAUUGAGUUCUUCGAUGGGAAAGGAGGCUUGCGCAGAACUGUGGAACUGGCUGGACAAGCAUUUGACGAUGCAUACGCUGAAUUUCAAAGACUCAAGGCUGCAGCAACUGCAGAGAGAAAUCGUGCGCGUGUGGCAGGUGGUCUGCCUGAUGUUGUGACCAUCCAAGAGGGCAAGUCUUUGAAUCUGACCUGCAAUAUCUGGGGCGACCCCGUACCCGAGGUCACCUGGCUAAAGAAUGAGCGCGAGAUGGUUUCCAACGAUCACUACAUUCUGAAGUUCGAGUCCGGCAAGUUUGCCAGUUUCACCAUCACCAGCGUCAGUACGUCUGACUCCGGCAAGUACAGCAUCCUGGUAAAGAACAAGUACGGCACGGAGAGCGGCGACUUCACCGUAAGUGUCUUCAUCCCAGACGAGGAACCCGGCAAGAAGAAAUAAAACCAACCAAACA